GUGUGCUGGAGAGUGUUAUAGGAGGAGUAUGAGUGCAUUCCUUGAUGAAAAUGACAGGGGUAACUCCCACCAAAAUGACAUGCACCCACCGGUCUUACAAAUCAUGAAGCUUAAUGGCCUAUAAUGGCAUUGCAAAUUGCAAUUUGCAUGCUGUACACGUACGAUUCAUCUGGACCCUCCUUUUGGCUGGUGGGACAAGCAAGAAAGUUUAUGCUGCGCAAGCCAGGGCUCACACCAGGAAGAUCAAAGCCAAACCCACUUCCCUUCUUCCAUUUCCUUCAGCUAUGAUUGCACCAAUUGCAGUGGCAUUGGCGGUGGGUUUUCUACGGUGGGCUUAUCAGGCAUUGAAGCCUCCACCUCCCAAAAUAUGUGGAUCACCAGAUGGUCCUCCUAUCACUUCACCUAGAGUGAAACUUAGUGAUGGAAGGCAUUUGGCCUACAGGGAGUCUGGAGUUCCAAAGGAAGAGGCUAAGUACAAGAUCAUUGUCAUUCAUGGCUUUAACAGCUCAAAAGAUAUGGGUCUACCUGUUCCACAAGAACUUAUACAGGAGCUAAAGAUAUAUAUGCUGUUCUUCGACAGAGCAGGUUAUGGAGACAGUGAUCCAUAUCCUUCUCGCUCAGUGAAGACUGAAGCAUUUGAUAUUCAAGAACUAGCUGACCAAUUGCAAAUUGGGUCUAAAUUUUAUGUAGUUGGAGUCUCAUUUGGAGCUUACCCUGUUUGGAGUUGCCUGAAGUACAUACCACAUAGGUUGUCAGGAGCUUCCUUGGUUGUUCCUUUUUUGAACUUCUGGUGGCCUAUUUUCCCUGCCAAUCUAUCAAGAGAGGCAUUUAGGAGACUGCCUUCAUCUCACCGAAGGACAAUUCGGAUUGCACAUUACACUCCUUGGUUAAUCUAUUGGUGGAUGACUCAGACAUGGUUCCCUUCAUUGAUCACGGAUCAAGGAGCAAUGUUCAACGACCAAGAUUUAGAGAUCUUGAAGAGUUUGUUAGAGGCUCCAAGUGUAGGCGAGGAAAAGAUAAAACAGCAAGGUGUUUAUGAAUCACUGCAUCGAGAUAUAUUGGUUGGUUAUGGCAAAUGGGAAUUUGAUCUCUUGGACAUAAACAAUCCGUUCCCUAACAAUGACGGCGCGGUUCACAUUUGGCAGGCCUAUGCAGACAGGAUCAUUCCUUUUAAGCUCAACCGUUAUAUUUCAGAGAAGCUUCCAUGGAUUUGUUAUCACGAGGUUCCUGAUGGAGGGCAUAUGAUAUUCUUGAAAAGUGAAAUAUGUGAAGCCAUUUUGAGGGCACUUUUGCUUGGAUAAACUUCUCUUUUUGAGGCAUAUAUGCUACGGUACGAUGGUAUCUCACUAAUUAAAAAUAAACUCUUUGAUGUUGCUUGCUUUAGCCAAAAGGUGAAACAUGUGAAGCCAUUUUAAGGGCACUUUUGCUUGGAUAAACUUCUCUUUUUGAGGCAAACUACUAUGGUAUCUCACUAAAAAUAAACUCUUUGAUGUUUCCUGCUUUUGUCUUGCUUCUAUACUGCUAUGGUGGUAAUGUAAAUGGAGAAACUUUCUUCCUGUGGCAUCAUAUAUAUAUAAAAUAAACUCUUUGAUGUCCCCUGCUUAGAUAUUGCUUCUAUAC